UCCACAUGAGUAGCUCCAGUCUGGACCAAGAGGACCCAGAGCCUCUACAGAUUAAAGAGGAACAGGAGGAGCUAUGCACCAGUCAGGAGGGAGAGGAACUUCUGCUGAAGGUGGAGGUUCACGGUACCAUUGUCUACAACCCUAACUUGUCAGGGGCUGACAGUAAUAUUCACAAACAGUCUUUUAAAUGUAACACUUGUGGAAAGGAUUAUAAGUAUAAGUCACAUCUUCUGAGACACAUGAGAAUGCACACAGGUGAGAAGCCGUACCUUUGCAAAACCUGUGGGAAAACAUUUUGUAGAAAUAACAAAUUAAAACAGCAUCAAAGAAUUCACACAGGUGAGAAGCCGUAUACUUGCAACAUGUGUGGGAAAAGAUUUUGUAGAAAUUACUUAUUGAAAAUACAUCAGAGAAUUCACACAGGUGAGAAGCCGUAUGUUUGUGCAACAUGUGGGAAAGCUUUCACACAGGGACAUAGUUUGAAAGCACACAGACGCAUCCACACAGGUGAGAAGCCGUAUGUUUGCAACACCUGUGGGAAAAGAUUUUGUAGCAAUGACUCAUUGAAAAUACAUCAGAGAAUUCACACAGGUGAGAAGCCGUAUACUUGCACAACAUGUGGGAACGCUUUCAGACAGCAGAGUGAUGGAGUGCACGGCCCCGGCGAGGUCCGGGCGCAUGGAACGCCCGAGCACCUCGCAGGCGGGCACCCCCGUGAGGAAAUGUGCCCGGCGGGCAGCCAGCGGGCCGGGGAGAGGUCCGACGACGGAUGCUCACCGCACGGUGCGGCCGUCCCUGACCGCGCACUUAAUAUCGCCCCCGUGCAGACUGCGCGGAGUUGCGGUGAUGGUUAA